GGCGAGGGAGGGAGGGAGGGGGGCCUGGACAGUCACAGAGGCCAGUGCACGGCGGCGGUGGCACCUUCCUUCUCCUAUCCCGGUCGCCCGGCCCGUGAGGAGGCAGCGGCGGCCGCCGGCGCCAGCAGAGCCGAGGCGGCGGAGCAUCGAGCUGAGGCGAGGCGGACCGGCAGGAGCGCGCGGCCGGGGCCACGCAUCUCCACACUUGCACGGCAACUCCCGCGCCUUGCACCCCCCUCUCCCAGAGACCCGGACUGGGGGCUCGGAGAGCCUCGGUGAAGCGAGCGGGAUCCAGCUCCGGAGCUCGUCCAGCUCCGUUCUGAACCUCCCGGGCGCUGGUUCCCCGCGGCGGGGUACCCGCUUCUGCGCUCCGGACGCGCCUCCCGGACAGUCGGGUCUCCGCGGCCAGGACAAAGCCAUGAAGCCGGCGCUGCUGGAAGUGAUGAGGAUGAACAGAAUUUGCCGGAUGGUGCUGGCCACUUGCUUGGGAUCCUUUAUCUUGGUCAUCUUCUAUUUCCAAAGUAUGUUGCACCCAGUCAUGCGGAGGAAUCCCUUCGGGAUGGACAUCUGCUGCCGGAAAGGCUCGCGAAGUCCGCUGCAGGAACUCUACAACCCCAUCCAGCUGGAGCUGUCCAAUACUGCCAUCCUGCACCAGAUGAGACGGGACCAAGUGACAGACACCUGCCGGGCCAACAGCGCCAUGAGCCGAAAGCGUCGGGUGCUGACCCCCAACGACCUGAAGCACCUGGUGGUGGAUGAGGACCACGAGCUCAUCUAUUGCUACGUGCCCAAGGUGGCAUGCACCAACUGGAAGAGACUCAUGAUGGUUCUGAGCGGCCGGGGCAAGUACAGCGAUCCCAUGGAGAUCCCCGCCAAUGAGGCCCACGUCUCGGCCAACCUGAAGACCCUCAACCAGUACAGCAUCCCAGAGAUCAACCACCGCUUGAAAAGCUACAUGAAGUUCCUGUUCGUGCGGGAGCCCUUCGAGAGGCUCGUGUCUGCCUACCGCAACAAGUUCACCCAGAAGUACAACACCUCCUUCCACAAGCGCUACGGCACCAAGAUCAUCCGCCGCCAGCGGAAGAACGCCACGCAGGAGGCCCUGCGCAAGGGGGACGACGUCAAGUUUGAGGAGUUCGUGGCCUACCUCAUCGACCCCCACACACAGCGGGAGGAGCCCUUCAACGAACACUGGCAAACGGUCUACUCCCUCUGCCACCCUUGCCACAUCCACUACGACCUCGUGGGCAAGUACGAGACGCUGGAGGAGGACUCCAACUACGUGCUGCAGCUGGCCGGAGUGAGCGGCUACCUGAAGUUCCCCACCUAUGCAAAGUCCACCAGAACUACCGACGAGAUGACCACGGAGUUCUUCCAGAACAUCAGCGCCGAGCACCAGACGCAGCUCUACGAAGUCUACAAACUGGACUUUUUAAUGUUCAAUUACUCAGUGCCAAACUACCUGAAAUUGGAAUAAAGGGGCGUGGGGGGGGUGGUUGGGGGAGAGAGGGAGAGAAUCCUGCUUUUUAAUUUAAGAUUUUUUAUUUGUCAAAAGAAUUCUAUGGAUACUGGGUUAUUUUGUAAGUUAAUAUGUCUCGGGGGAAAUGCUGCGAGCGGCAUGGCAAGAAUUAUUUAAAUCCUCCACGGGAAAGGACAGCUGUCUGUGCAGGGAAGCGGGGUGGAGCGUCCCUGUUCUUUAGAAGUGGAAACCGCAACACCAUCUCCAAGGUGUCCUUGUGUUCUGGUGAAUUCCACAAACUGUGUGUUCCGUGAAGUCUAAUGGUUCUUAUUUAUAGUAAUUUAAACGUGAUCUCUGUAUAGGUUUCUUUCUGUGGCAGCAGACUGCUCGUGUCUUUCUAGAGGAGAAUAUGGUCUGUGCUUUGCUGGCUAUGGCUUGUUUAGGGGGUGUGAUUGUCUCCCCGCUACCCUCUCCUGGAAUCCCGUGGUGACAUCAGCUGGGAUGCGUGGAUGCCACCGUUCAAGAAACCCUGCUGGAAAUAAGUAAAUUGUCCUUGCACUAAGAAGUGGGGCGGGGGCGGUUCACACGGAUUGCGGGAACCCCAGAGUCCCCGGCAGUAAAGAAAUGGAAAGUUUUUAACCCAAGGAGAGAGUGGAUGGUGGCAGUUUCUGUUCACCAAAAUUACCAAUCUGUAAGAAUAGGCUUCUUGUGGAAAUUUUCAACUGGCACUUUCCAGUUCUGGUGAAGAGUAGCUGUUAUUUUAUAUUUGAUAAAUAUUUAUUGAGCAUCUACUGUUUUCCAGGCUUGCCUGCAGGCCGAGCAUUGAAUGAACCCAGUAGCCUUGGCUCUCAGCAAACUUUGUGUGAAUACAGGGCAAACUGCUCAACAGUGAACCAGCCCCUACCCUUGCGGUCUUCACAUGGGGUUUGGAUUAUUCUCAAAUGGCUCAGAGAGUCCAUGACUCCAACAAAUUUGCAUUUUUCUACAGCUCACAAAUUUGAAAACCACACGUUUGAGUCGGUCCACUUCACUAGCUGAGUGACCUAAGUUCAUCGCCCAACACAAGAAAUGGCAGAAACAUUUGAUCAUGUAUGUCUAGCUGCAGUUUCUGGGUAGCAGAAGCCUCGGUCUUCUCCAGACAUGAAUGGAGGUGUGUUGAGAUCGAUUAGUGAUGUCUGUCUCGGGUAAGGUGGCACCCACGGGCACAUGCCCACCCUCCCAUGUCUCUGCCUUGACAGAGCAUCCAGGACAGCUGCCCGGGAUCUUAACCUAUGCUCCCUCUCCUCCAGAACGCUGGAAACCAGUGCUUUCUAUUCCUUGCUGAUCAACACCCAGACCUAGUCCUCAUUUCUAGUCAUUUCUGAGGCUGCUCAGUUGACAUUUGAGCCACGCUCCCGUUACAGCCAGUGUCCGGGUGGGUAGCAGAUGCUGUAUAUAAUAUUUCUCACGAUUGGGGAGGGAGUGGGGUAUAAAUUUUGCUUUUUGUGUUUUAGUUGGUUUCCUUUGUUUGUUUGCUUUUGUUUUUGAUGCAGUCUAGCGUGAAGGGGUGAGAAUAUUCUGAAAAACAAAAUAAUGAAUAAUUUAUUCACAGAAACUAUUAAGAUGGUAUUGUUAGGCUCACAGCGAGCCUGGGAUCAGCUGUAGCUGCGGCUCCAUCUCACGGAGGAAAUUAUUUAAUGUGAGGGGAAUACGAGCCAGAGCAGCUGACGGCGGCUAUUUAUAAAACGCAGGUACCUUCCCCAGUCUCUCUCCCCUCGCCUUUGAUAGAUAGAUUUAUGUCAUGCCUUUGACCAAGAGCGGUGACAGACUUUGGCCGUCCCUGUCCUCCAGAACUGACCUUCUGCUGAUAGGGCGCUCUGUGUGAUGUCACUAAGGGGCGCUCCACAGAGCCCGGGCUCUGUAGGGUGUCAGUUUGGAGGGGUUUGUGGUCACGUAUCCUUAGGAAACAAAAUUAAGUCAGGUUCUUCUCUGCAGGACUUUUCAGGGCCUUUCAUACAUACGUGCUCUGCCUCGCAAAUCUGGGAGAAUGCAGCAUUUCUGAGCUGCAGGACCCGGUGUCCCUUACGGCAGGUGUGUCUUAGCUGGCAUUUCUCACAGUAGCCUUUGGUGAGGGUGGUCUAGCCUGUCUGAGGUCUGCAAGGAUUGACAACCGCCUCCUAGGUCCCUCCGCAGACAAACAAGCAGAAACAGCCGCACAGCCUCUGUCUGGGAAGAGGAUGAAGUGAAUUAGUCUCUACCCAAGUGGGAUGGCUCCAUCUGGAUGCUGCCCCCAGACAGUUAGCCUGCCCCUCCAAACACAGGGGAGGGAAGUCUUGGCUGUCAUGGAGGGGGAAGCUGGCAUAAGGACACAGAAACAGCCCCUGAUUCCUGGCCUUAAAGGCCACUCAGUGGGGACGAUGGCCUCGUGACAAACACUUCUCACUUCCACCCACAGUUUGGAACUGUGUGCUCCGGGGGUUUUAAAUGGAAAUUCGUGUUGGUUUUCGUGUUUUGCAUGUCUGUUUGUCUUUCAUCUGUGGUACAGUGCUGUGUGCAGAUGGCUGUUACUCCGUCUUUCUCUCUGAAGUGAGAAAGAUCGUCCUUCAGGGGGACCAUGUGUCUGCUUCUGGGAUGAAGGCCUCUCCUGUUUUGUGUUCACGUUUUAUUUUCUAAUGACAUUUUUAAAAACAUGUAUUGGUUCAACUGUUUUGUAGAAGGUAGGAAGCAUUCUGUGUCCCUAGCUGAAGAUAUCCAUUGGUGAAGUGUGCUUGGAAACCCAAGUGUUUUCUACAGGAAAACGUUGCAAAGACUUUCUCUUGCUCUCGUGCUUAGCUAGGAAAAGGAGCUGCUGGCGUCCCGGCUCUGGGCCGGGGUCCUGUUCAAAGGCACAGCUGUGUUUUUAGGACCAGGUACAUUUGAGUAGAAUGACAAAGAUAUUCCUGCUUAGCCUACCCCUUUAUUGGAAAUGUCUAGAAUAUCAGCCACAGGGGUCCCUGCCUGCAGCCUUUCCAGCCCCCCCCCCCCCUCCGUUGCCCUUCUCAGCUGGUCUGGGAAGCAGGACAGCCUGUUGUCCGGGUCUCAGGACAGACUGCCUGGUCCUGAGGGCAAGCCUUUCUCUCCUGCUUGUUCAGCCUGAAGGAGAACUGUGGGAACCAGCAGCUUCACUUUGGCCGGCCCUCCCGAGCACACAAGACUAGCCCAGGCUCCAAGAGAGCUCAGGGACACUGUGCAAGGCCUGAAGACACUUAGCUCAGAUAACAGCUGUGUUACUAUUCUGCUUCAACUGACAAAGCCACAGGGACUGUGCUUGCUUUCCUCUGCCGAGAUCUCCUCUGCACACACACACAUACACAUACACACAUACACACACACGCACAGUCUAUGCACACACACACACACACACACACACACACACACAUAGCCCCAGCCUGUGUGCUCCUGGCACCCCACUCCCAUUGUGGCCCACCUCUUCGUCAGCAGGACUGACCCCAUCACUCCCCCAGGUUCUGCCCACCAGAAUCCCCCCGCUUUUCCCUACCACAGCCAAACAGACCCUCUGAAUAGGCAACAGGACCUUCUAGAACCAGCUGGACCCUUGGCCAGCAGCAGGCAAAUUUUGGUCUGCUCUCAUCAGGUACAAAAGGCGGUAUCCGUAUUCUCUUCUGAGCAUUCUCAGUAAGGCAUAUGGAUGUAGAAUUUAACAUCUUUGUGGAGCGUGGUUUUUUUUUUACAUAUUUGUAUGCAGUUGAGGGCCUGUUGUAGAAUUCUCUCCCUGUAUCUUACUAUACUGUUAAAGAAGCUGAAUUCCAUGUUGCCAACAGACACGUGAAGUGUUCCCGAACCUUCCUCCAGGAAAAGCCAUUCAAGCCUGAUUAUUUUUCUAAGUAACUUCAAUUAAAUUGAAGA